CCUGGGUGCUUCGGGAAUAACAGCAACAGAUAGGAGAAAGGCAGAGAGUUAUUGCCCAUAUACGGGGUCGAAGCGAGGAAAGAGGAAGACAAACUCGAGAGAUCCGAGGCAGGGAGCAAGGUGGAUUUAGAAGAAUACUGUUGUUCAGUGAAAAAAUCAGUGGGGCAGAAGGAACAAAACUAGAUGAAGAGUUUCAAGAAAUGGAAAGGAAAAUUGAUAUCACCAAUAAAGCAGUAGCAGAGCUUCUGUCCAAAUCCACAGAGUACCUUCAACCAAAUCCUGCAUACAGAGCUAAGCUGGGAAUGCUGAACACUGUGUCAAAAAUCAGAGGCCAAGUUAAAACCACAGGAUAUCCCCAAACAGAAGGGCUACUAGGGGACUGUAUGCUGCGGUUUGGCAGAGAACUUGGAGAUGAUUCUACAUUUGGCCUUGCACUGAUGGAUGUUGGUGAAAGCAUGAAGCAGAUGGCAGAGGUGAAGGACUCUCUUGAUAUCAAUGUCAAACAAAACUUCAUUGAUCCUCUGCAAUUAUUACAGGACAAAGACUUAAAAGAGAUUGGGCAUCAUCUGAAGAAACUAGAAGGCCGGCGUUUGGAUUAUGAUUAUAAAAAGAAGCGCCUAGGAAAGAUACCAGAUGAAGAAGUUAAACAAGCGGUAGAAAAAUUUGAGGAGUCAAAAGAGCUGGCAGAAAGAAGCAUGUUCAACUUCUUAGAAAAUGAUGUAGAGCAAGUUAGCCAGUUGGCAGUGUUUGCAGAAGCAGCGCUAGACUACCAUAAACAAUCCACGGAGAUUCUGGAGGAACUGCAAAGCAAGCUGCAAAACCGAAUAAAUGUAGCAUCUAGUCAGCCUAAACGUGACUUCAGACCAAAGCCUGUAAUAACAACAACUCUGGAAAUUGGUGAUAAUCAGCAGCACAAUGGGAUUUCAUACAGUUCUUCAAUAAAAUCAUCAGUGCUGGAGUCUGUUGUCGGUGGCCAGCUUCCUCCAGGGCAAUGUCCGGAUCUCCAGAAGGGGGUCGCCUGCUUGUCCUUCUGUCUCGGUUCUUCAAUGCACAUGGAUCAACCUUGCUGCCAGGCUCUGUAUGACUUUGAGCCAGAAAAUGAAGGUGAACUUGGUUUUAAGGAAGGGGACAUCAUUACUUUAACCAAUCAAAUUGAUGAAAACUGGUAUGAAGGGAUGUUAAAUGGAGAGUCUGGCUUCUUCCCCAUUAACUAUGUUGAAGUGCUGGUAUCCUUGCCUCAAUGAACAUGUCAUCCAAGCUGUGAACAUACUUUCAUGACUGAAAUGGAUUCACAAAUGUUCUAUCAGUGUGGCAUUCUGUGAAAGCCUUGCUCUUUGACUGACUUACUGACUUUUGUAUGCGUGUUUUUUUUAAAUGUAUUUAUUUUGUAUUCAAGAACAUUACCUUCCUUGGUUACAUGAAAAUGCAAAAAAACCCUAGACUCAGUUUUUUUGCUUUGUGCCUUGAAGAUCACUGUAUGAAGUGUUCAUUGGUAGCUCACUGUUGCUCCAACAAUGCAUUUCUUUGCUCCUUACUGUAUGUAGAUCCUUUUAUUAUUAUUAUUUUAAAAAUUCCUUGGGCUGCAAUGAUUUUACCAUUGAAAACCAUUUUUAAGAAUACUGUGAGUGAAGCUAACUGUAACCAGUUCCUAAGAGUUACUGAUGUCAUUGAGCCUUUUUCAUCCAUCACAAUGUAACUUAAUUGUGAACUUAAUCCAUGUUUCACAUUGUAUGUUGACAAAAGGCGAAGUGGUUGUUGUCAGUUUUAAGACAUUGUUGUACUAAGUACAAGGUCUGAGUUGCAAAUUCCUAAAAUUUACUGACCAAACUUAAUAAACAUUACUGUGGGAGAAACACGACUGCUGCAGAUGCUUACCCAGUGGUUGGUAUGGUUUUGUCUUCUGCAAACGUUCACUUUCCUUCAUGGAUACACUAAUGUCUUGAGGAGGAGGAGCUAGUUCAUCUUUUUAAGUGAUGUUAUUGGGAGCAGUUCUGCAACUCUGCAGGUGCUAAAAUUGUUCAUUUUGGUUGCUCUUUAUUUACUGAAGAUCAUUCUUAACACUUGUUUACAUUUUGUUUUAUUUUGAGAGCAGGACAGCAGCACUUCUAUGUAUACCCAUAUGACCUAAGGACAAACUGUUGCUAGAAAGACAGAGUCUGAAUUUGAUGCCACUAUAGAAGAGGUAACACUCCAUUGAGAUGAAUGGAAGAGUAAUUGGAUACUCUCUAGCUGAUAAUUGAAAGGGUAAUGCUGACUCACUUUUUUGUGGAGCAGAAGUAGAGAAGAUGACAAUCUAUGCAGCAGAAAAAGACAAAUAUUUGUAUAGUCAAGACUGCCCAGAUCGGGAAAGGGUCAUGGACAGAGACUCAGGCUACUUAGGAGAUAAAAUAGGCAGUACCUUCAUUUUAGAAAUACCUGUUAUCAUUAACCAUGUAGCACUGGCCAAAAAAAGUCCAGAAAGCCCAGAGGAAAGCAAGUGAACUUUGUCCAAAAUACCUUAAGGCAAGUAGUGAGCAAAGCAAAGCUCCUGGCCUUCUGAUUUUGAAGAAACAACUCAGAGCCUGAGGCUGCCUGGCUUAAGCCUGCAGCCAUCAAAGGAAGAUAGAUCAGAGUGAUAUGCCAGGGCAAUCAACUCUAGGAGUGCAACAGCUUUCACAUGAAACAGCCCAGACCUGUGCAUAGUAUAAGUAGACAUCAGUAAGACUGCCCGAGUUGCUCAGUACAGGGUUGGUGAAAGAAGCCCUUAUCCCUAGGGGUGAGCUGUGAUUCACCAGAGUGUCCUUGUCAGCUCACCCUCUUUCAAACAGUAAGGCUGUUGAAAGCAUCACAAGGGAGAAAAAAGGCAAUCCUCUGGGCAAGGUACAAGCCAGACCCACAGAGACAUUUUCCAACAUAAAGUGUUAGACCACCUAUACCCAGGAAGUCAAUGAAAGUCCAAGCUUUGAGAUGUCAGAGACUUGCUUCAUCCACUAUGAUAACCUGCUUUCAGCUUGAACUGUGAGUAAUGGGAUAUUUCACUUAGCUAAGUAAGAGCUCUAGCUAGUGAUGCAGUUAGAUGCAGUGUACCCAGUGGUAUGUGCAGGAUUAUAAUAGACAAUAUUAUAUCUGUAUCCUCCUUGUUUUAUAGUUCAGGCAAUACUCUAGAUCUCCGUCAGAAGGAUGGUAUGCACUGACCAGCUACAGUAAACUUUAAGAUUAGGGCCAACUGCUUUUUAUUUGGAUGGACGAUUGCUAUCCAGUCAGAGCAGGAUGUUAAACAUAUGGCACACAGAGCUGCUCUAGCCACUGCUAUCAGAAGUUGGAGGAGUUGCCUUCUGCAGAAUUCAGCACCCUUGGAUCCCAGUGGAUGUGGUGAUCACCAGCACGAAGACAAGCAAGGGCUGAUCCAGCCUUGGCUGCCAUCCAACUAUUUUGCCCAUUGCCACAGUUACCCCACUGCCUAGCUGCCAAGUGUCCCAUACUAGAGCCAGAGGCAGAGCUAGUACCCUAGCACAGGGACGACAGUGGCAGUAGCAGCUUCACAUCCAGCAUGGGGCAUGCAGUGAGAACGGGGGCUGCUGCCACUGCUGCAUACCCUGGGCUGGAGCUGGCCCAGGGCACAAGGCAGAUCUGACAGUCCCAAGUUAGAGAAACUGAAGGUGGGACUCUGAAUUUCUCUGUAGGGUUAGUCUGUUCCUAUAUCUGCUUGUCUUAGUUCUACUUUUAAUUCCUUCCUCCCUCCUUCCCCAUACUAUUUCCUCCCUGCCUCUUUUCCCCCUUCAUUUGCCUUUGAUUUGUUGUCUCCUAGAAGCUGCAUAUUAGUUUACUCACCCAAGCAGUAGGUAAAAUAGUGUGUAGACCAAGAAUACCAUCUAACCCUAGCAGUCUAAGGCCUAGAGCAUAACUAAGAGGUGGCAAACAAUGAGGAGCAGGUAGGACUGCUCUAUCUGGGUAAGAAGCAACUACAGUUUGGAAGAGACUUAGGAAAAAACAACCACCACCUCUUUCCCACAAGGUGAGAAUUUAGGUAGACACAGCAAUAGAAGUUAUUGGUACAAAAAUAAAUUAUUGCCAUUUAUCAGCUUGAACAACGUAAAUGAAGAUAAUAGGAUUCAGAGUCCUAAAAUAGUCUUUGUUAAUUUACAUACUAGAACCAACCCUAGAGGUUAUAGUCUGCAUCUUCCCAGAGAUGUGAGCUUAGCUGGUGGUGCUGGUAAUCAGUUCAGUUACAGUCUACAAAAGACUACAUUUAGGAUUUUUCUAAAUGCAAAAUCUUUCUGAAGA